AUGUCUAAAAGAAGCGGGAAGGAUGUUACAUUUUGUGUCAUCAGCAGCAGUGAUGAUGAGUUUUAUGUUGAGUCAAGGGACAGUGAUGAAGUUAUGGAAAAUUCUUCUUCUGAUAGCGGAAGUGAAGUACAACAUGUUGUACGAAAACAAUUCCGCCGUUUCAACAUUUCAAGUGAUAGCGAAGAUGAAGAACCUGUUGGUCCUCAGGCGUGUCUGCAAUAUAACGAACCCAUUGAGUUUUUCAAAUUAUUCUUCACUGAUCAAUUAAUGAAUAAGAUACUGGAAGAAACCAAUAAAUACGGACGUGUUAAAAUAGCGAGGGUGAUAUUGAAUAUGGGCACGAUACCCCUUCCAAAUUUGAAGGAAUAUGGGUCAAUUGCGCGUAACGCGAAAAUACCGCAUUUUGGAGAAAUAUUUAGAAGAGAUAGAUUUCUUCAGAUUUUUUGGAUGCUCCACGCAAAUGAGAAAACAGCAUCUGCGCAAAAUAUAAGAACACGAAGCGAAAAAAUCAGUGAUUAUUUACAUUACCUUGAUACGAAGUUCCGAGAAAACUUCGUAUCAGGGAAAAAUAAGUUUUAUAACGUAUACCCUAAGAAGCCCACAAAAUGGGGGAUACGUAUAUAUGUGUUAGCUGAUGCUAACACCGGAUAUGUACAAGCUAUUCUACCCUAUUAUGGUAGUUUGACCACGGAAAAUCUUGUGCGACCUGAUCUACCCGUUAGUUCUAGAAUUGUUCUGGAUCUUUACCAGAAGGUAUUAGAUUUACACCCUGAAGUUGCAGGGCACAUUAUAUUUACGGAUAGAUAUUUCACUAGCAUACCACUAGCAAAUGCGCUGUUGCAAAAGAAUUGCAAUUUAACCGGUCUGGUGAAAUUUUGUUAUUAUCUUGGAAGGAUAAGGGAAUUGUUAAACUGCUGA